CCUCAGCGAAUACGGAUUGGAUUUAGUUUGGUUGCCAUCUUCUUGGUCUUCAUGGUAACAGCGAUCGUAGUCAAGGUCCCAAUGGAGCCUUUGACUUUUUUCAUCGUUACUAUGGUCAAGAUAGUCCUAAUCAAUUCCUUUGGGGCCAUUCUCCAAGGCAGCCUUUUUGGAUUGGCAGGGCUCCUUCCCGCCAGUUACACGGCUCCUAUUAUGAGCGGUCAGGGCCUCGCAGGGACAUUCGCAGCAGUUGCUAUGAUCUGCGCUAUUGCCACUGGUUCCGAACUAAAAGAAAGUGCCUUUGGUUACUUCAUCACUGCCUGUGUUGUGAUCAUGAUAGCUAUUGGCUCCUAUAUCAUGUUGCCUCGUCUGGAUUUUUUCUGCUUUUAUUCGAUGAAGAAUAAGAGAGAAUAUGCAACUUCUGCGACUCAGGCUGAAAUGGAAACAAAAGUUGUUUUCAUCAAGAAAGAUGUGGUUAAUGGUGUUGAACGAAACCACUCUGGGAAUGGAGAGUCCCUUGCCUCCAGCCACAGAUCUUCAGUCCUUGACAUCUUCAAAAAGAUAUGGGUUAUGGCUGCUUCAGUCUGCUUAGUUUUUACUGUUACAAUUGGAGUCUUCCCAGCUGUCACUGUUGAAGUAAAGCCAACUAUUGGAAAAGAUACACCUUGGGUUCUCUACUUCAGCCCAGUUGCAUGUUUCCUGAUGUUUAACAUCUUUGACUGGGCAGGAAGGAGCCUCACAGCUGUCUGUGUUUGGCCUGGUAAAGAGAGCCGCCUGCUACCCUUCCUGGUGAUUAUCCGUCUGAUUUUCAUUCCCCUCUUCAUGCUGUGUAAUGUGGAGCCCCGCCAUAACCUGCCUGUCAUCUUUGCUCAUGAUGCCUGGUUCCUCGCCUUCAUGCUGUUGUUCUCCAUCUCCAAUGGUUACUUGGCCAGCCUCUGCAUGUGCUUUGGACCCAAGAAGGUGCUGUCUCAUGAAGCGGAAACUGCUGGAGCCAUCAUGGCCUUCUUUCUCUCCUUGGGUCUGGCUUUAGGAGCCAUCCUAUCUUUUCCACUCAGAGCCGCAAUCUAAUGAAGAUACCAUGGGGCAUCUCUGGGCAGAAGAGCAGUAGUAGAGUUAUAUUACCAUGGAGCAUUUCUUGGCUGGCUCCUGGGAACUUGUUGCCUUAAUACCUCUUGGCUUGGAAGAGGGCUUCUCUCUUACUGACCAGAUGGCCUGGCUUCUCCUUGGGUAUAAGACCUCCCCUUUCACACACAUACACACGCACACACCCUUUACCCGUCCCAGCUGUGAAUUAUUUACAUUGUCUCGAUGUGUUGUGCUCUGUUUUACUAUCUGUGGCAAAAGAGAAUUGUUCCCAAUCCACCUUCCAGCUUUUCAGUUGCUCCUGUGAAUUUAUUGAAUGUGCUCGCAAUUCAUUAGUGUCUGCUCUACCCACGAGAGGCAGCAGCAACAAGUUGCUGCACCCCCAAAUUGCUCUUCACUCAAUGGCUCCAUGGAAAAGGAGCCCUCUUCUUCAGCUGCGUGUUCAAGCUUAUAAGAUCCGUGGUUUGUGGACAUUCAGAAUUAUGCAAGAACCUCAACAGCUAUUACUUGGAGAUGGGUGAUAGAAAGUAGACCUUGGCUCUAUUUCCACACUUUUAAGUAGUUUGGACAACAACAACUUCGGGGCCAUGAAGUACUGGUUACUUUGAAAAUUGAAGUAUUUUGUAUACAAACUCAGUACGCCCUUUCUUCUGAAGGCUCAUCUUUUCUCUUUUCCAAGAUUUUGCAUGAUCUGGCUCUAGGGAGCAGGAAUAAAUGAGCUCAUGAACUCUUCAGCUUAGUGCAAAUGAUACAAACGGAUCAUUCCCAAACCCGGCUGUUCAGAGCCCCUGCAGUUUUCUGUGCUUCUUCAUGAAUUUAUGAAACUCAGGAUUUGCGUAUUUGAACUCUUGUUUAAAAAUGGCAAUUUUUUUCUAAGAGAACGGCUGUCACAAAUAAAAAAUAAGGGUGGGUUUUUUUGUAAAGUUUGAAGCUAACGUUGCCUUGUAUUUAAAUUAUUUAGUAUUGUUAAUUAUAGAAGUCUAUUUCAUGUGGGAAUACAACAAAGGCCAAUCAUAUUAGAAAGUAGUGAUUUUCAACAUCCUAAAAUCAGUUGCCUGGCCUUAAUAUGGUACAGUAUUGUGGUAGGUCUUUUUUGUGUGUGUGAAGGAAAAAUGGAACUAGAGCGCCAUCUAUUGGUCAACCUUUAUAUAUUGCCAUCUGUGGGUCAUAAUGAUACAGAUAGUCUCAAUCUAGGAAUGUUAGUUUAACAAUGACUUGAAGUUAUGGUGGCCUUGGAAAAAGUGACUGAUGACUGGUCCACAAAAUUAGGACUAUUGCACAUGCACACACAGACCCCUGCAGUCACAAUUCAAGCAAUUGGCAACUAGCUUGCAUUUAUGACAGAUGCAGUGUCUUGCAAUUAUGUAAUCUUCCCAGCUAGCUUGUAACAAGCAAAGUCAAUUGAGAAAUCCAAAUUUGUUUAAAGACCAUGUGAGUCACUCAAUAACUACAUAAAAAGAGUCAUAAAAUUAAGUCCGACCACAUGACUCACUUAAGGACUGCAUUGCUUAGCAACCAAAAUUCAGGCCCUAAUUGUUGUUGUAAGUCAAGGAUUAUCUGUAUAUUAACAGUAUAUAUUUAAGAAAGUCAAAAUACAUCAGGCCUUCUUUAAGGCAUUUAAAUUGUGUGAUAUCCCCAAAUAGCAAGGUGUAGAAUGCUCCUUCUUUAUUUGUUGUUCAGUGGUUUAAAUUAAGACAGCAGUUUUAUUAUUGGGUUCUGAAUUAUUUACAGC